AAACAUCUGACAUUGGUUUAGGGUCGCAGUACAUCGACCCCAAUCAUGUCUAUGACCUCUAUCGGCAGGGGCAGCUGAAGAGCCUUCUGAAUUAUAUGGAUUCUUUUCCCGGAGCAGCUAAUGACCCGUACUACCAGAUCAUCAAAGAACUUAUCUACAUAUCUAUGAGAGUGGAUGUUCCAACUCAUUUGGAAUUCGAGUGGAAUGCUAAACGUGCAGAGUCUGCAAGAGACUUAGCAGGAAGAUUCUUUGAUGGUGGAGUAAAUGUUAUGUGGUGUGGUAAAUGGUUUUCCUGGCCCGUGUUACUGUAUAUGCUCAAGACAAUGGAUUAUUUAGGAUCUAUAAACUUUUGAUUUGGGGAAUGAGUCAGUGUAUGUUGAGUGUGUGAUGGACGCAAUUUGUCCUGAGUUGUGGCCACAUCAACUUCGUUGACUGCCGUGGUGGUUUUCCUAUGUUGAGUUUUGAUGUUUUAUUGAAGGAUUUUAAAAUUAUUACUAACAAUAAUAUUUUUGGUACUAGGAUUGGUAGAAGUUCUGGAAGCUUACAGGAAUCUCUAACUUCUAGACAAGCACUCAUAUGCUCUGAUGAACCCUGCCAACCCUGCCAGAGACCAUCUGACAGCAUGUCUAUCCAUGACACAACUUUGAAAAAUUCAAAUGAUGGCCAGGUUAUGCAAAAGAUACCUAUGGUAUCAGGAUUAUUGGAUAGACAUGGAUGCCCAAUACCAGAUAUCGAAGGCAUCAACCCACUACGAUUCCAUAGUAGACAUCCUGUGUGGGGUGAACAUGCUUUAGCAGUGGAGAAAAGUAAGGAUACAAAAGUGGGAUCAUUCUUUUGCAUGUACUGCGAGAAAGAGCUUGUAGGUAAUGCAACAGAGGCAAUUAGACACAUGAAAAAAGGCUGCAAGAUUCCUCUUCACACGUUGAAGAAUCUUCUUGAAGAAGUUGAUCAAUACAAGGAGAGAGCAGAGCAACUCAGAAGGGCCCACAAAGAUUCAAAAACUAAAGGGAGAAAGGUCAGAAAAGCAAAUGAUGAUCUGGCAAUACAGAAAAGGGAUGCUGUUGAGAUUGCAGAGCUAGUCUUGGAGUUGUCACAGAGUAAAAAAUAUGGCCCUUUGGAUGAUACAACAGGAGUGAUGGCCAUGAUCCAGACUCUUCUUAUGCAAGCACAGAUACAUUUGAGUUAUGGCAUUGAAAUUAUAGAGAUAGCUGGAUAUUUUGAGAUGGCUUCAAGGAUAGCUCUUCAUCAUCUUGACCAUAUAUCAGAGAAUGUCAUAUUUAGCUCCACUGACAGAGAAUCUUUGGUUAGUACCUGCAUGGCAGUUCUGUCCAUGAACAGCUAUGAGUUAGCACUGGCAAAUGUUGCUGUUGAGGCAGUCCUUGAAGUUGCUGAUACUGAAAAGAAAGAAGUGAGGCUGGAACUAAUCCAAGUGAAAGGUAGGAUUGGUCGGACGCAAAGUGUGGAGCUUGUACACGGAAUUGUCAUUGACAAGCAUAUUAGCCACAAGCAAAUGCCGAAGAGAAUAGAGGGAGCUAAGAUUGCUUUCUUGUCGUUUGAGCCCUCAAACAUUAACACUGUAGAGACAUCCAGGAUACUGCAUGAAGAGCAACACAAAUAUGUUGAGGAAAUGAUUCGGAAAUGUGAGGAUAUUGGUGCCACCCUAGUUAUUUGUCAAUGGAGAUUUGAUGAGGAAGUUAGUCAGCUCCUUAUGCAGAGAAAACUGACAGCUGUCAGUGGGGUUAGCGAUGCUGAACUAAAAGAAAUCGCCAAUGCCACAGGUGGACAUAUUGUUCAGAAAAUCCAAGAUUUGAGUCUAGACAAGCUGGGUGAGGCAAAAUUAUUCAGAGAAAAGAAGAUUGGAAAAACAAAAGGUCGGGUGCUUUACAUUGAAAGUUAUGCCAGCCCUACACCAGUAACAAUAUUCUUUCAUGCUGGAAGCAAUAUAAUUCUUGAGGAAAAGAUGAGGAAUCUUGCAGAUGCCCUACGCGUGUUAAGAAGCCUUAUUACUGACAAUUCAUUUGUUUGUGGUGGUGGCUCGGCAGAGAUAUCAUGCUCUCUUGCCCUUGACGCUGCUGCAGAUACAUAUCCUGGAUAUGCGAGGCCCUUUCUCAAGUCGUUUGCCCAUGCAUUGGAUGCUAUUCCUCUGUCAGUCGCAGAAAACAGUGGUUUGCUCCCUUUUGAUACGCUGACGAUGCUGAAAUCCCGCCAUAUCAAGGAAAAUAAUGCCUAUUUUGGCAUAGACUGCAAUCGCCAUGGAAUUUACAACAUGAAGGAGCAACACGUGUUUGCAUCUCUAUCAGGGAAGAAGAAGCAGAUUUUGCUGGCAUUGAAGGUUAUGAGGACUGUGCUAAAGGCGGAUGAAGUUACUUAGGCUGCGCCAUGCAGAGUACUGUGAAGGACGUACUGACCCUUUUGUUUGACAAAUAGUUUCCUUUUAACUCACUUUGGCACCAGAGCACUGGUGCUCACGGUAUCUCAGCCACUCAUGGUUUAAGUAUUGUUGAUUGUUCACUGACAAAUCUAAUGCUCUCUCUC